GAGCCUGUGGCAGCAGAAGGUUUAUUGUCUAAACAGGGAGGAUCGAGCGAGCUACAUAAAGACUGCAGCUGUGGGAGACAAAGAGAGGGAGGCUCUGGUGGAGAGGGGGAGGACAGGGGGAGGAUUAACCGGCUGAUGUGAGACACGCGCUCACACACACACGCACGGACAAAAACACGAAUUCAACCAGAUCAGACGCAGCGGCGGGGGGAGACACAAAGACAGACGGUGAAGAAGACUGAGGGAGACGGGGGCCUUCAUCGUCUGAGGGACACCGGAGGCUCACGGCGCACAUCCACCGGCCUGCAGAGCCCAUCCCGGCGUCCCGCUGAUGGCUGACCACAUGUUCGUGCUGCUGUGAGCGUGAGGCUGCGGUGGGUGUGUUCGCUCUGCUUUUGGGUUAUGGGGAACGCAGAGAGCAUGGAGAGCCAGCUGGCGGUCAUCAGGUCCAGAGCGGCACCGGUUCGGCUCCCGAUGCCGGACCCAGCAGAGCUGGAAGAGAGAUUCUCCAUCGCCCUGAACUCAAUGAACCUGCCGCCUGAUAAGGUGCGUCUGCUGCGCUCUUAUGAUAAUGAGAAGAAGUGGGAGCUGAUUUGUGACCAGGAGAGGUUUCAAGUGAAGAACCCUCCACACACCUACAUCCAGAAGCUAAGAGGCUUCCUUGACCCGGCUGUCACACGUAAGAAGUUCAGACGGCGAGUGCAAGAGUCCACCCAGAUGCUUAGGGAGCUUGAGAUUUCUCUCCGCACCAAUCACAUUGGAUGGGUUAGAGAGUUUCUCAACGAGGAGAAUCGAGGCCUUGAUGUUCUUGUGGAGUAUUUGUCAUUUGCUCAAUACGCUGUCACGUUUGACGGGGAACAGUUAGAAGGUGGCAGUGAAGUGGCUUCCAUCGAUUCUCCUUGGAGUCGUUCUAUUGAGGAUCUUCAUGGCGAGUGCAGCCUUCCCUCGCCGUCCUCGUCCAUAUCUCGUGCUGCCCGACAUUCUAUCAGCUCUACUUUGGUGACACGCUCCAACACCCUGCCAAGCCGUCGGACUCUGAAGAACUCUCGACUUGUCUGCAAAAAGGAUGACGUCCAUGUUUGCAUCAUGUGCCUGAGAGCCAUCAUGAACUACCAGUAUGGUUUCAACAUGGUGAUGGCUCAUCCCCAUGCCGUCAACGAAAUUGCUCUCAGCCUCAACAACAGGAACCCCAGAACCAAAGCUUUGGUUCUGGAGCUGCUGGCAGCAGUGUGUUUGGUCAGGGGAGGACAUGAGAUCAUCCUGUCGGCCUUUGACAACUUUAAAACAGUUUGUUCGGAGUCAAUGCGGUUUGAGAAGCUGAUGGAAGAUUUCAAGAAUGAAGAUGACAACAUUGACUUCUUGGUUGCCUGCAUGCAGUUUAUCAACAUUGUGGUUCACUCAGUGGAAGACAUGAACUUCAGAGUCCAUCUACAGUAUGACUUCACCAAACUCAACCUGGAUGAACAUCUGGAGAGACUAAAGCACACAGAGAGUGACAGGCUGAAGGUUCAGAUUCAGGCAUACCUGGACAACGUGUUUGACGUGGGGACGCUGCUGGAGGAUGCCGAAACCAAAACUGCUGCUCUGGAGAGAGUUGAGGAGCUUGAAGAGAGCCUGGCUGGGAUGUCGGAGCGCCUGCUGGAUGUGGAGAAUGAAGCCAUGCUGAAGAUUGUUGAACUGGAAAAACAACUGAUGCAGACCAACAAGGAGCUGGACCAACUCCGGGAGGGGUAUGCAAAUGCAAACUCUCAGGUGCAUACUCUGAGGCGAAUAGUACGGGAGAAAGACCAGACAAUCCGACGGCACAGUCGCUUGGAACGGCAGGCCCAGGAGGCCCAGCAGGCCGGAGGACCAGGGGCUCCUCAACCCCAAAGAGGAGAAGGAGAUGGAGGAGUGUCUGAUUCUGCUUCCCCCUCCCCUCCUCCCUGUUCCAACCUCUCCCCCAGUCCAGAAACUGUAUCUUAUCACAGCGUGGGACCAGGGCUGGGUGGAGUUCCAGGCAUGCUGACUCCGCCUCCUCCGCCUCCGCCUCCCCCUCCAAUGCCAGUCACAGUGUCUAAUGGACUCUACCCCACCCCACCUCCCCCUGCUCCACCACCACCCCCUCCUCCACCACCUCUGGCUUCUCGGACCAAUGAGCUCUGCUGUGUCCCCAUGCCGCCUCCUCCUCCACCCGUGGCGCCUCCUCUUCCUGGCGCUGGGGGUUCACCUACAGUCAUCUUUAACUCUGGAUUAGCAGAGGGCCCCCUCAAGUUAUUUUCGGUGAAGAUCAAGAAACCAAUUCAGACCAAGUUCAGAAUGCCAGUGUUGAAUUGGGUUGCACUGAAACCGAGUCAGAUCAACGGAACCGUCUUCAAUGAUAUCGACGAUGAGUCCAUCCUGCAGAACUUGGACAUGGAGGAGUUUGAGGAGCUGUUUAAGACCAAAGCUCAAGGUCCAGCGGUGGAUCUUACUCUGUCCAGGCAGAAACUUCCUCAGAAAGGCCCAUCCAAAGUCUCUCUGUUGGAAGCCAACAGAGCCAAAAACCUAGCAAUCACCUUGAGGAAGGCUGGACAGGGGUCAGAGGUCAUUUGCCGUGCAAUCCAAAUGUUUGAUCUUCGGACGGUGCGAGUGGAUUUCGUGGAGUGUCUGAUGCGUUUCCUGCCAACGGAGGCGGAAGUUAAGCUGCUACGGCAAUAUGAGAGGGACAGGAAACCUCUGGAGGCUCUGAGUGACGAAGAUCGAUUCAUGAUGCAAUUCAGUCGAAUCGAAAGACUCAGUCAGCGCAUGACGAUCAUGACCUUCAUGGGAAACUUUGCUGACAAUGUCCAGAUGUUGACUCCACAACUUCAUGCCAUCAUUGCCGCUUCAGUGUCCAUAAAGUCAUCACAAAAACUAAAGAAGAUCCUGGAGAUUAUCCUGGCUCUGGGAAACUACAUGAACAGCAGCAAGAGAGGAGCCGUGUACGGCUUCAAACUACAGAGCUUAGACUUGCUUCUGGAUACAAAGUCAACAGACAGGAAGCAAACGCUGCUUCAUUAUAUUUCCAAUGUGGUCAGAGAGAAAUAUCAGGCUGUGUCUCUCUUUUACAAUGAACUCCAUUAUGUGGACAAGGCUGCUGCAGUGAGUCUGGAGAAUGUCCUGUGUGAUGUAAAGGAGCUGCAGCGAGGCAUGGAGCUCACCUGGAGAGAGUUUAGUGUGUCGCACAACGCCACGCUCAAAGACUUCAUCAGUAGGAAUGAGUCACGCCUCACAAAGCUGCAGGAAGAUGCCCGCAUUGCUCAGGAUGCCUUUGAGGACGCCGUCAAGUUUUUUGGAGAGAGCUCAAAGACGAUGCCCCCCUCCGUCUUCUUUCCCGUUUUCGUCCGCUUCAUCAAAGCUUACAGGUUGGCAGAUGAGGAGAAUGAGCAGAGGAGGCGCCAGGAGCAAAUGUUGUUAGAGAAACUGGAGCAGGAGGAGCAACAAGAAGAGGAGGACAGCAAGUCUCCAAGCCACAAAGGCAAGCGGCAGCAGCAAGAGCUGAUCACUGAGCUCCGACGACGGCAAGGAAAAGACAGCCGCCACGUUUACGAAGGGAAGGACGGCGCCAUUGAGGACAUCAUCACAGCUCUGAAGACCGUCCCCUUCACGGCUCGAUCAGCCAAACGAAGCUCUCGAUUCUUCUGUGACCCCGCCCUCCCAGAGGAGCACUACUGAAGACACCACGGCCGCCCACCCCCCUUUUAUUUAUUGGGACCAACAAGCACUUUGAACAUUCUUGACUGACCAAUGUGAACCAUGUUUGUCAUUUUAUGAUCCCCGUCUGUCACAGUGUGAUGUUUAAAGGUCGACAACAGUCUGAUAGUCUGGACUAAAAGUCACUUCUUUAGGUUUUCUCGGAGCAGAAAGGCUUUUAGCUCAAGUUUUAUUACCAUUUUAGGAAGAAUGCUGAACUAAAACAGGAGGAUCCAAAUUCUAACACAGCUGGGAAAACCGUCCUCUGGUUCCGUCACAGAUGUAAACGUCUGCAGCAUCACGACAAACGGAGAACCGGUAAUGAUGCUGCUCCAAAAACUGUUCCGGGAAUCCAAGCAGACGGUUGCUCUGCCUCUUUGAGAACCAAAACAGAUGGAUGCAGAGCAGCAACCAUGUUAGACCAGAGAAGGUUGCCUCACGUCAGACGAGGACGGAUGCCGGCUCCAGAAAGGUCCAGCUGUGACUUUGGCUGAAACUUCUGCAGGGUUCUGCUUCUUUUGUUUCACAGAGUUCCUAAACCAUGAAAGCAUAGAAAAACCUAACUCUUCAUCUGUACACCACCCACCAUCCAUCCAAGUUCCUGAGGACCAUGCAGGUCGGCGGGCGCCAGACGACUCUUGCAUGAAAAGAAGACACUGACACCGGAGAGACAAUUCAGUUCUAUAACAAUCCCUGCUUGGUCUUGGACUGAAAAGGUCCAGUUUACUGGUCCCAAUCAAACGAUGACCCUCUGCAUUAUUGCCUUCCUACUGAACCCACCCUGCCCUCAUCAUCAUCAUCAUCAUCAUCAUUAGCUUGAAGAAGACAGCACACUUUUCUACGUGUACAAAUGUUUUUUAGCAGGUUGUGUAGCAAUGCUCGUGUUUGUUGACCGUGAUCCUGCACUUGGUGUGAGAAUAAAACACACCCUGUCAAAAAA